AUGGUUUCAAAGCAAACUGGAUGCUUGACCAAGGGAUCAAAUAGGAGAAUGGCUAUUUCGUCUAUGACAGUGGUUCUGAAAAAGAUGUUUGGGUUUAAAUUGCUUGUCAGAAGCCGGAAGGUGUGGCCUGGGCUGUGUGUAUUUCCUGACUUCACAAGAUCAGAAGCCCGCUCAUGGUGGGCUAGUCUUGUCAAGGACUUUGUAACUAGUGGUGUGGAUGGUUUAUGGAAUGAUAUGAAUGAACCGGCAGUUAUGGAGACUCCAACGAAGACUAUGCCUGAGAGUAAUAUUCAUAGGGGAGAUCCACAACAUGGAGGCAAACAGAACCAUUCACAUUAUCACAAUGUUUAUGGUAUGCUGAUGGCAAGAUCAACAUAUGAAGGCAUGAAACUGGCCGAAGAACAAAAACGUCCAUUUGUUCUUACUCGAGCUGGGUUUGUGGGUAGCCAAAGGUAUGCUGCUACGUGGACAGGAGAUAAUCUUUCUACCUGGGAGCACCUUCGUAUGAGUAUCUCUAUGGUUCUUAAUCUGGGGCUUAGUGGACAGCCAUAUUCAGGGCCAGAUAUUGGUGGAUUUGGUAGGGAUGCAACAUCGAAGCUGUUGAGAAGGUGGAUGGGUGUAGGAGCUAUGUUUCCUUUUUGUCGUGGGCAUUCUUCGAAAGAUACCAUUGAUCACGAGCCUUGGUAUUUCGGAAAAGAGUGUGAAGAAGUUUGUCGAUUGGCAUUGAUGAGGCGGUAUCGGCUUUUACCUCACAUAUAUAAUCUGUUUUACUUGUCACAUACACUGGGGAUCCCUGUGGCAACUCCAACCUUUUUCGCCGAUCCUAAAGACAUGAAGUUAAGAACACAAGAAGAUUCAUUCUUGUUGGGGCCACUUCUCGUAUAUGUUAGCACGAAGGAUGAUCGAGAGUCAUGUGAAAUGCUGCACAAGUUGCCUCAAGGAUUAUGGUUAAGUUUUGACUUUGAAGAUUCUCAUCCGGAUUUGCCAUCCCUGUACCUAAAAGGAGGAUCCAUUAUUCCUUUGGCUCCUCCUCAUCAACAUGUUGGUGAAGCUAAUCGUACAGAUGAUGUAACUCUGCUGGUGGCUUUGGAUGAACAUGGUAAAGCUGAGGGUUUUCUCUAUGAAGAUGAUGGUGAUGGAUAUGAAUAUCUUAAAGGAGGAUACCUGUUGACAACAUAUGUUGCUGAAUUUCUGUUGGAGGAAAGAUGGGUUUACUAA